AUGCAUCGAGGAGUGGAUACGUCUGUUCCAAGUGGGGCUUUAGAAGCAGAACGUAAAGUUGCCCAACGGCGUGUGUAUUUGCUCACAUUUGUUGUUUUUGUUGUGGUGGCAGGUGGAUCCUUUGCGUGUGUGUUUUUUGGCAUUUUUGAGAUUGUAGGGCAUGACUCCAUGCUUAUGAACGACGGCCUUGGGGAAGUCAUGACUGUCCUCGGGAUAUGUUUUACAGUCCCAUGCGUAUUCUGCGUGGCUGUUUUUGCGGCAUUAACAUUGGACUUUUCUUGCUUACCGUCUAUUCCUUUUUUCAGUAAAUACGUUGUCAUGGGGCUUAUAUUGAUAUCGUUUGUGGUUCAACAGGUCUUGUGCGAUGUAUAUUUGUUUGGCGUUCUUGGGUUUCUAGUGACGGCGGUUGCUGUUUUAGAUGUGUUUGUUUUUGGAUUGUAUUUUUUUUUCCGUUUACGUAGCUUUUACAUCUCGAAUGUUUUGACUGUUGUGUUGUUUGUGGGCAAAACAACUGUACUGUGGGGUAUGACGUACAUUCCUCAUGCAGAAGGAGGGGAGGCGGAGGGGCAGCAGCAGCAGAUUGGCUCCAACGGCCUUUUUGCGAUGCUUGUUUUAACAGUUUCUAUUGUUCAGCUUCCGCUGUAUAUUAUGGAGACGAAUGAGUCUUCCGGGUUGCAGGAUGGAAUAAUAACGGAGAACAGCAUCGUGGAGAACUUUAACAAUAAUUUUAACCUUCUCCUCCUCCAUCUGCUGAACUCCCUGGACAUUUUCACUGUGUAUGGGUCUAUCAUUUCAUUUAAUAACCGAGGAGGGGCUCUUCGAACAAUACCGGAACCAUUUCGAAUUCUCAUUUUUAUCAUUGCAAGCGUCGCGUUUGUAGGGAACAACGUUGGCGUCAUUCACUUGUUUUAUGCACGUGAUGGCGUUGAACACGCGGAGCUUAUUUGCCUACCGAAGAAGUUGCGUGAUGCAACCAAUCAAUGGAAUAGCACGGAUGUGGGUGGAAGUCACAAGCGCCGUAUUCUUCAAUAUCUACUGUUUCUUGUUGUUGUGUGUGAUGCUCCCUUUCUGGCGGUGCGAACGCAGCUUUGGCUACGGGGUCAUCAAAUGUUAAGCGUGUUUCUCAUAAAGAACGUAAAGUCUAUUCUUGACACCGUCAUGGUAGUGCUUCGCGUGGGCCGUUCACCCGGGGCCACUGAUCGUCUUCGGCGUCCGAUCUUUGAGUCUUGA